AUGUCUAUCAACAUCUGCAGAGACAACAAUGAUCCGUUUUACCGUUACAAAAUGCCCCCUCUACAGGCCAAAGUUGAGGGUAGAGGUAACGGUAUCAAGACAGCCGUGUUGAACGUCGCCGACGUCGCGCGUGCCCUCAACAGACCUUCUCCCUACAUCGUCAAGUACUUCGGUUUCGAGCUAGGUGCCCAAACUAGUAUCUCGGUGGACAAGGAUCGUUACCUUGUUAACGGUUCUCAUGAACCUGCCAAGCUACAAGAUGUACUAGACGGCUUUAUUAACAAGUUCGUGCUGUGUGGGAGCUGCAAGAAUCCAGAAACAGAAAUCGUCAUUACAAAGAACGAUGACUUGGUAAGGGACUGCAAAGCGUGCGGUAAGAGAACGCCUAUGGACCUCAGACACAAGCUAUCUUCCUUCAUUCUGAAGAACCCCCCAGAGUCCAUGGAAUCCAACAAGAAGAGAAAGGCAGCCACUGCCUCCGCCAAUAUCCGUGGUGGUGGUGUCUCUAUCAGUGACAUUGCACAAGGUAAAUCGCAGUCCUCUGCUCAAGCUAAGGCUGAAACGGAGGGCGACUCAGAUGACGACGAGUUGGCUCGUCAGAUCAACGCUGCAGCCUCUUCCCUUCAAGAAAUAGAAGUCAACAACGAUGACUGGGCUGUCGACAUGUCCGAGGAGGCCAUUAGAGCCCGUGCUAAAGAACUACGUGCUGCCAACGGCGAGGACGAAGAAAUAUCUAAACUUGAGGAGUAUGGUGAGUGGAUCCUCAGCCAGGACGAGGUCCCAUCGGAUGUUGAGUUAUACAAAACCGCUGUGAAAUUCGAACUUUUGCAGGAGCCCAAGAUUGCUUGUGUGCUUGCUCAAGCCCUAUUUAGCGAGGACAUUGUUGAGGAGGUUUCGGAGCACACUGCGUUUUUCAAGAAACUGUUUAUAUCUGAAGAAUUCGAAAACCAGUUCUUGGGAGGUAUCGAGCGUUUCCUCGGUCUGGAACACAAGGAGUUAAUACCUGCUCUGCCAAAGAUUUUGGUUCAACUGUACAACAAUGACAUCGUCUCCGAAGAAGUCAUCGUGAAAUUUGGCACUAAGUGCUCGAAGAAAUUCGUGCCCAAAGACGUGUCCAAGAAGGUUCGUAGAGCCGCCAAGCCUUUCAUCACUUGGUUGGAGACGGCUGAGUCUGAGGACGAAGAUGAUGACUCUGAAUAA